UAUUAGAAAUCAGUUAUUCAAUACACGAAAUAAAAUUAAAAACCAAAUGGUAUGAAAAUGUUAUUAAGAAAAGGUCACGGGGUAGAUUACAUAGUUCCCGGGGGUAGAAGGUUGUUUCGGCCGCACCCCGGCAUCGCGACGUCAGUCGUUGUUCCAACGUGGCUCAACAAGUACACGCGGUAGCGUGCAGAUAGUUCAAAUAUUUAAAAAUGUUUUGCAUAAUAUAAGUUAACUAAUAAUUUAUUUUAUUUACAAGUAUAUCAAAGAAAUGCACAACUAAAAAUUAUUAUUUCAGAAAUAUCAAUAUAAACUUAAAUAUAUUGUUACUGUUAUAUAUUAUUUGAUCAUUGAUCUGAUAAUAAUUAAACAUUACAUUGGUGAUCUAUUGAUGUCAAAUACUGUUUACUAAGUCAUUUCAUCUAUUAUUUAAAGUUCAUUAUGAAUAUUAAUGAAGUUAAAUUACUGAAUAUGUUUAAAAAAAAGAAAAGCAGAAGAUACUACCGAUAAUGUUAAUUUAUACAAUAUUAAUUGUAUUAUUAAUUUUGAAAGGAAUAUUUUUGAAUGACAUCCAAAAUAAUGAAUGGGGAUAAGUGGGAGGGAAAAUGGCCUAAACAACAAUCACAGGCUAAUAAAACAGUGAAACGAAAUAUUAGGCGAACUGAAAAGUCUGGAUUAAAAUUAUCAAAAUCCUCUAGAGGAACAACACCUAGAGAAAGAACACUUAGAAGACUGGAAAGUAAUGAAAGAGAAAGAAUGAGAAUGCAUAGUUUGAAUGAUGCAUUUCAGUCAUUACGUGAAGUAAUUCCACAUGUAACUAAAGAAAGACGAUUAUCCAAAAUUGAAACAUUAACUCUGGCAAAAAAUUAUAUAGUUGCCCUGACAGAUGUUAUAUGUGAAAUGAGAAAUGAAGAAAAAACUACAGAUCAGCAAACAGAAGUUUCUGAAUCUCAAGAAUCAUCCAAAAACAUGAAUAUCUGCUUGAAUAUGAAUAUUCCAAUUCCUUCAAAAUCUUGUAGUUAGGGAACUUUUAAUAUUUACCAGAAUAAUCAUUUGUAAAAGGACAUGAUUCUAAAAAUAGUGCAGGCCUAUAAAAUAAUGAAAAUUAUUUUUUAACAUUAAAAUUAGUUUAAAUAUAAAAAUUACUUCAAGAGUACCUUGUUUGAAUGUGUUACUAAAAUAUUAAUAUGAUUUAAGUAUUGAAAAAUAGAAAAAGAUAAGUUGAAAUUGCUAAACUCAGAAAUCAAUACUUAAUUUUAAUCUAAUUUAUUUCAAUUUAUUUGUACUUCUUACAAAUAUUAUAUGAACUAUUGUGCCAAAGAAUACUAAUAUUUUCAUAAUAUAAAAUAGUAUUAUAAUAUUAAGAAAGGUCAACAUUAAUGAAUGUAUAUAUAUCAAAAUAUUUUCUGAAAUUAUUUUUUAAUUAUAAAGUGCAUGGUAUAUUGUUCCAAAUAUUAAAUCAAGUAUUGUUAAUUCAGGAAAUGCCUACACUAUGAUGUAUAUGCAUGAACAACUAAAAUAUAAUUUUAUUGAUAUAAAGAAAUAUAACAAAUUUAUAAAAUAUAUAGCUAAUUUGUUAACCUGAUAUUUAUCUUUUCAAAUAUACAUGUGAGAAUAAAAAGCAAAUAAAA